AUGAAUACGAGUGAUUCUAACCACACUCCCGAUCCAACGGUUGGAUCAAAUGGGUCCCUCCACGGUCUCCCAAGUGGACAGCAGUUCCACCCGGCUGGCAUGCAGCAAAGUUUUAUUCGCCCCACACAGUUCGGUCAGCAGCCACCGACGGGACUUUCCCUACAGUUUUCCGGGCAACAGCAACAGCAGCAGCAGUCGGUGCAAUCAUCAUCACACCACCUCUCAGCAUCCGAUGCACUUCUCUCUCAGCUCCUCCAACAGCAACAAGCAUUUGCCACACAAAUGCUCAACCAGCAGCAGGAAUUUAUGCGACAGCAGCAGGAAAUGUUCCUCAGUGCGAUGUCAUCACUCAGCGUACAGGUACCGUCCAAUCCUGAAGUGAUUCUUGAUUCGCUGUCAAAUCACAUCAAGGAAUUCAGGUACGAUCCGGACAACAACAUCACUUUUGCUGCUUGGUACGCGAGAUACAACGAUCUGUUCGAGCAAGAUGCUUCCCGUCUCGACAACGAAGCAAAAGUCCGUUUGCUUCUGAGGAAGCUGGGUGCUGCUGAACACGAACGGUACGUGAAUUUUAUUCUCCCCAAACUGCCGAAAGAUUACCCAUUCGACGAAACCGUGCGAAAAUUGGGAAUCUUGUUUGGUGCGGCUGAAUCACUAAUCAGCAAACGAUAUCGGUGCCUGCAAACAACAAAAUUACCCUCCGAAGAUUAUGUCACGUUUUCGUGCAGGGUAAACAAAAACAGUGUCGAUUUCGAGCUAAGCAAAUUGACCGAGGAGCAAUUUAAGUGCUUGCUGUUUGUUUGCGGGUUGAAGUCGGAGUGCGAUGCUGAUGUACGUACCAGACUGCUAGCAAAAAUCGAAGACCGGGACGACGUUACCCUGGAGCAGCUUUCAGAAGACUGCCAGCGGCUGAUGUGCCUCAAACGGGAUACAGCCAUGAUCGAGGGAACCACCGGACCAGCAGUGCAGUUCGUGAAGCAGAGUCGGCAGCAAUUUCCUAAAAACUCUCCGAACAAAGUGCAGAAUCAUAGUGCGAACAAAAACAUUCCCCCAACCCCUUGUUGGAAGUGCGGCGCAAUGCACUACACUCGUGUGUGCCCCUACAAGGACCACAAGUGUAGUGAUUGUGGCCAAAGUGGACACCGUGAAGGUUAUUGUGUAACCGAAAAGAAAAGUGAGAAGCCCUAUCACAAGAACCAAAACAAAACUUUUCGGGCACAAUCUGUGAAAAUUAAAUCAGUGCAACAAAAACGAAAAUUCGUGCAUGCAACAAUCAACAGUGCUGAAGUGCAGCUCCAGUUGGACACUGGAUCCGACAUCAGUGUUGUGUCGAAGCGUGUGUGGGAGAAAAUUGGGAAGCCUUCCACCACCCCCGCACUAGGAAAAGCAUCCACUGCUUCUGGUGCCCCCCUUCAGCUGCUUUUCAAGUUCGCGUGUGACGUCAACGUCAAUGGCCAGCAGCGCUGUGGCACAUUCUACGUGGUCGACAAAUCGCUCAACGUGCUUGGGAUCGAUUUGAUCGACGCGUUUGGACUCUGGUCGGUGCCGAUUUCAUCUUUUUGUGACCAGAUCACCAAACCGUCCACAUCUUUAAAUCAGCAUGAACCAGCACUUCACCACAGCACCUUUCCACCCACAAUCGAACGGUUUGGCCGAACGAUGUGUGGACACCGACACCGAACAAUCUUGGUCAAGAUCCAGGACAGUCUCCAGAUUUUCCACCGAUGUCCCGUUGCUCUUUACAUCUCCCACUCCUCACCACCAAGCUCUGCUGACAUGGUAGGGUUCCAGUCUGCCACCGCUCAAACAGCUGUCCAGGUGCCUCGUCGUUCUUCUUGGACCAGAAGACCGCCGAUCCGGAUAACCAGCACCAGCUGUAUUAAGGGAGGAGAUGUUAGGGCGUGA